UAGAAAAAGUGUUUUGAAAAAAUACUAUUAGAAGAAUGAUUUACUUUUCUUUUUUUUCACAAAUGUAACAUUAUAUUAAACAUUCGAUACAAUACAUAGCCAAAAUAAAGGCCUUUUAAGAGAUUACAGAAAGUUGAGGCCCUACCUAGAGCCUACCAUAGUAACAAUGCCGACUGAAGAAGAAAUAUCAACUUUUGACCCAAUCUGAAACCACGUGUCAUCAAGAGGAUAUAACCUCAACACGUAUUAGACAAGUAAUCGGAAGAUUUCCGAUAACAACUUUUGCCGUUGAGCACCGAUCACGGUGAGAGAAUCAGCGUCGAUAACAAUCGAAUUGUGAUUCUUUUGGUAAUCAUCGAAGUUAAACCAUCGAAGCUCCAAUAUAAUUUAACAGCAUAAGAAUAUCCGAAUAAGCGUCGGAAAAUUCUUCGUUUCUUCAACCAAGGACGCCAUCUCUUAAUAAUUCUUGUAACUCUAAAACCUCAAACCUAAAGAUUCAUCACCAACUCAUAUCUAAAGCAUUUAUUAAAAAAAACUAUAAGAAACUAAAAACAAGAGAAACAACGUUUAGAACUCAGUCUUAAACUGAUUUGCGGUGGAAGAAAAACAGCAAACCGGCCAAAAACUCAUGUGGGAGCAGAAUUUGCCGGGCGAAAGCCAACCAUCUCCGCUAACAGAACCGGAAGAUGUCGGAAGAGAAACCGACCAACCAUCCAUGGAUGUCGGGCUAAAGCCAAUUGAAACCAUUUGGACGGCCUUGCCGAAAAACUCCGGACGACGGAGAAAGGGACAUGAGAGCAAUCGACUUUCUCUCUGGAAAAUAUGAAGAGAUAAGAGAGAUAACCGUGGCUUCUGAAAUCGCCCUUUCUGGGCAAGAGAGAGAACGGAGCUUUUUGGCUAUGAAUGAUUUACUUUUAGAAUGUAAUCCGAGAAAAAAAAUAAUAAUCAAAUUUUCAUUAAGAGUACAAUUAAAUUUGAAAACAAUAAAAAAAUGAUUCUUAAUAAUAUAGGAUAAGCAAAAGUAAAUCCCUAAACUAAACUUGAAGAAGAAGAGUAAAAGAAGAAACCUGGGAAGAAGUGAGAAACUCAUCUGAUCGCCAUGAGUGAAGAAACUCCGAAGCUUUUCACCAAUAAACCCAAGAAGAAGGCCAUUAUCGCUCAGCUUAAGCACGUUGAAGCCAAUUUCAACAAUCCCACCGUUCCUCCAUCAUCUAAACCGUCUCCAGCUGCAGCAGCGGCGGCUUCGUAUACGAUGGGUGGUGGUUCUGUUCCUCCUCCGCCUCCUCCUAAGGAAUCAUUCGCUCGUAGGUACAAAUAUGUCUGGCCGCUUCUCCUUACCGUCAAUCUCGCCGUCGGAGGUUAUCUGUUCUUUAGAACUAAGAAAAAGGACCUAGAUCCUGUAGUUGAAGAGACGGCUGCUAAAUCGAGUUCAGUUGCAGCUCCUGUUACUGUGGAAAAAACUUUGUCUUCCACAGUGGUUGCAGAGCCAGUGGUGAUCAAGGCACGUGAGCCAAUUCCGGAGAAACAACAACGUGAGCUCUUCAAAUGGAUGUUGGAGGAGAAAAGGAAAGUAAAUCCGAAAAACGCAGAAGAGAAGAAACGGAAUGACGAAGAGAAAGCGAUUCUCAAACAGUUCAUCGGCUCCAAAACCAUUCCUACUUUCUGAUUCAUUAAAGUGCAGAUUCUGUUGAUUUUUAGUUUGGUUUCACUUCUUACUUUGUGGAUAUCACAUGUUUUGCUUUUGGAAAAAUUGUUCGUUUCAUUGUUGAAACCAGUCACUUUGGUAUCUUCAGUUCCAACAUUGAUCCAUUGUCCGGUCUUGUGUUUCUGUGUCAUUGUGAAACGUUGAAUGCUAGAGAAAAAGGUUCGACUU